AUGGCGCAGGCUGGUGGCCGCCCGGCUGUUGCCUACCCGUCGCGCCUCUCGCGCGCCACCAUCGACGACGCCGAGCGCAACAUUGGCGGCGCAGACGACUCGCUCUCGAACAAGUACGGCGGCAUGCGUGGCCCGCCACGGCGCCAGGCCCAGCAGCCACCGCUCCGCCAACCAGCGCCUGGGCCCAGAGCCGGGCCCGACCCCGGCCGUGCGCCGCCGCAACGCCAACACGCGACCGGAGCCGGGGCUGGGCGCUCGCCUGCCGCCUAUCCCCCACGGAUGCGUGAGCAGCCACCGCCGCAGCGUGCUGAUCCGUACGGCGGUCACUCGCGCAUGCAGCCCCAGGUUGACGAUGACCCGUACGCGCAGUACCGCCAGCCGCCGCCUCGCCAGCAGCACCAGCAGCACCAGCAGCACCAGCAGCACCAGCAGCACCAGCAGCACCAGCAGCACCAGCAGCACCAGCAGCACCAGCAGCACCAGAACCCGUCACAGCAGCAGCGCGGAGGAUAUGGUCAGCCCAAUCCGGGCGCUAUACCCGCAGGACGCGCACCGCCGGGCCGUUUCGGCGGCGGCGCCAGCGCGCAUGGCGCACGCAGUGGACGCGGUGGGCGCGGCCACGCCGAGGACGUGGCGUACCCGCCGCGGCUUUCGCCAGAGCCGUCGCGCAAUGCCAACACCAACUACCCACCGCGGCUCUCGCCGAACUCGAACGCGCGGAUCGAAGCUCAGUUCAAGGCCGAAGAAGAAUCGAUCUUCCGCCAGCAGAAGCAGUACGAGGCCGAUCGCCGCGCAGUGGCACACGCGCAAGGCCGCAAUGGCGGUGGCAGCGCCGGUGGACAGCCGCGGUACCAGCGCUCGCUCUCCCGCUCGUCGACUCGCUCGCCGGCGCCGCAGGUGACGAGGACCGACCCGUACGCCAUCGACGCGCCGUUUGGCCGCAUGGGCGACUCGCCAACGCCGUUCCGGCCCAACCGUCGCCGGCACGGCCACCCCUCACAGUCGUCGUUCAAUCCACUCCAGCACGAGGAGCACAACCCGGGCGCGUCGCCGAACCGUGCGUACUCGCGCUCCAACCCGCUCGCGGGUGAAGGCGAGCGUGGUGAUCGCCGCGGGCCGACUGGCCGCCGCCGCCUGGAGCCGCACGGCGGCCGCGCCUCUGGCGCGUACCCAGGCUCAGGUCUUGAGCCACAUGCCGCCUCGUACGGCGCAGGCGGUGCUUACGGCGACGAGAUCGGCACAGGCGGCGCACGAGGCCGCCGCGAAGGCUUCCAGCGCGGCCGGAAGGAGCUCUCGACCAAGAUUGGCGCGCGCUCCGACCGCUUCCUCCGCCGGUGAUCCACGCAGCGCACCAUGUGUUUACAGGUUCAGGACGCGCAGCCGCCUUGCCUCUCCAACUCAGUUCGGGCCGACGGGCUCGAGCCCAUGCUCACGGGCGUAGACGCCCGCAAAGGCAUCGUGGAUGUCGAGGCGCCGCCGGUGCGCGUGGUAUGCCAUGGCGAACUGACACAGGAUGAGCACAAAGACGCCAAUAAACUGGAAGGCGAUCGACGAGACAAUCGUGUCAAAGUUUUCCCAGCACGCCGCGUCGUUGCUUGCAUGCUGCUCGUCCGUUGCUCGCUGGCAGUGGAUAAAGACCGUCAGCAGCCGCCAGAUCGAGAACAGCGAGACAAGGACCGCAGAGCAAAGGCUCGCAUGCUUGGCCACCUUG